GCGACGGGGUGUGGAGGAGGCAAAAAGCCGCUGGGGGAGGCCAGUCCAGAUCAGUGCCGUCUGGCUCCGGCUCCUGAUCCUGUGCGGAGCAACAACCGCGGUCGCAGUCUCCGCCGCCGCCUCCGCCUCCAUCGUCGUCGGGGGAGGGGCCAGCCGGACCCCGGGGUCACAGCCGAGGAAUGAGGAGAGGCGGCCGGGCCCCGCGCUCCGCCCCGGCCUAGGGCCUUGCCCCGGGAGCCGCGAGGGUGGAGGGCUGAGUUUUGAUCUAUGUCCACCCUAUCUCAGCUGCUUGAAAGUACUUAAUGAUCACAUGACCCUGGACAUGGAUGCUGUCCUGUCGGAUUUUGUCCGUUCCACAGGCGCAGAGCCUGGGCUGGCCCGAGAUCUCCUGGAAGGAAAGAAUUGGGACGUGAGUGCCGCCCUCAGUGAUUUUGAACAGCUACGUCAAGUUCGUGCUGGGAACCUGCCGCCACCCUUUAGUGAAGGGAGUGGUGGCUCCAGGACCCCUGAAAAAGGGUUUUCUGAUAGAGAGUCUGCCCGCCCUCCCCGGCCCACCCUACAGCGGCAGGAUGACAUCGUUCAAGAAAAACGCCUGUCUAGGGGCAUCUCCCACGCCAGCUCCAGCAUUGUUUCCCUGGCCCGAUCCCAUGUCUCCUCCAAUGGUGGGGGUGGGGGGAGCAGUGAGCACCCCCUGGAAAUGCCCAUCUGUGCCUUCCAGCUUCCAGAUCUCACUGUGUACAACGAAGACUUCCGCAGCUUCAUAGAGAGAGACCUUAUUGAACAGUCCAUGUUGGUUGCCUUGGAACAGGCAGGGCGUUUGAACUGGUGGGUGAGUGUGGACCCUACCUGCCAGAGGCUGCUUCCUUUGGCAACUACUGGGGAUGGAAACUGCCUUCUCCAUGCCGCCUCCCUAGGCAUGUGGGGUUUCCAUGAUCGGGACUUGAUGUUGCGUAAAGCUUUGUACGCGCUGAUGGAGAAAGGAGCUGAGAAGGAAGCAUUAAAACGGCGCUGGAGGUGGCAGCAAACACAGCAGAAUAAGGAGUCAGGGCUGGUUUACACAGAGGAUGAGUGGCAGAAGGAAUGGAAUGAGCUGAUCAAGCUUGCCUCGAGUGAACCCCGCAUGCAUCUAGGUACCAACGGAGCCAACUGUGGUGGGGUGGAGAGCUCAGAGGAGCCCGUGUAUGAGAGCCUAGAAGAAUUCCACGUCUUUGUCCUUGCCCACGUACUUAGGAGGCCCAUAGUUGUUGUGGCCGACACCAUGCUGAGGGACUCUGGUGGGGAAGCAUUUGCCCCUAUUCCCUUUGGGGGAAUCUAUCUGCCUUUGGAGGUCCCAGCCAGCCAGUGUCACCGCUCCCCUCUGGUGCUCGCCUAUGAUCAGGCCCACUUUUCUGCACUUGUGUCCAUGGAGCAGAAGGAGACCGCCAAGGAACAAGCUGUGAUCCCACUCACGGAUUCGGAGCAUAAGCUGCUGCCCUUGCACUUUGCUGUGGACCCUGGAAAGGGCUGGGAGUGGGGCAGAGAUGACAGUGACAACGUCCGAUUGGCCAGUGUAAUCCUGUCCCUAGAGGUCAAAUUGCACCUGCUGCAUGGCUACAUGAAUGUGAAGUGGAUCCCAGUGUCCUCUGAUGCACAGGCUCCUCUGGCCCAACCUGAGUCCCCCACAGCCUCAGCUGGAGAUGAGCCCCGGUCCACUCCUGAGUCUGGGGAAUCAGACAAAGAGUCCGUCGGCAGCAGUUCCACGAGCAAUGAGGGCAGCAAGCGGAAAGAGAAGGCAAAACGAGGUCGAGAGAAAGACAAGAAGAGAGCAGACUCCGUGGCUAACAAACUGGGCAGCUUUGGCAAAACCUUGGGCAGCAAGCUCAAGAAGAACAUGGGCGGCCUGAUGCACAGCAAGGGUUCUAAGCCCGGAGGGAUGGGAGCAGGGGCGGGGGUAAGCAGCGGCACUGAGACACUGGAGAAGAAGAAGAAGAACUCCCUGAAGAGCUGGAAGGGGGGCAAGGAGGAGGCAGCUGGGGACGGGCCUGUGUCUGAGAAGCCCACGGCGGAGUCUGUCGGUAGCGGAGGGAGCAAGUAUAGCCAGGAGGUGAUGCAAAGCCUGAGCAUCAUGAGGAUUGCAAUGCAAGGGGAGGGGAAGUUUAUUUUUGUUGGAACCCUGAAGAUGGGUCACCGCCAUCAGUAUCAGGAGGAAAUGAUCCAGCGCUACCUUUCUGAUGCUGAAGAGCGAUUCCUGGCAGAGCAGAAGCAGAAGGAAGCAGAGAGGAAGCUCCUGAAUGGAGGGCUAGGCGGCGGGCCUCCUCCAGCCAAAAAGCCAGAGCCAGAUGGUGGGGAGGAGUUGCUGACUGCCCCUCCAGCAGAGUCCAAGGCGAUGGCAUUCUCUGCUGGCUACCCCGGGGGCUUUACUGUCCCUCGGUCUACAGGGGCUGGGGUCCACUGCCAGGAGCCCCGACGGCAGCUGGCAGGGGGGCCUUGUGGGGGAGGCCUACCACCAUAUGCCACCUUCCCCAGACAGUGCCCUCCAGGGCGACCCUACCCCCAUCAGGACUGCAUCCCUUCUCUGGAGCCAGGCAGUCACUCCAAGGAUGGCGGUCACAGGGGUGCGUUGUUACCACUCCCCUUCCGCGUGGCUGAUUCCUAUAGCAACGGCUACAGAGAGCCCCCUGAGCCAGAUGGAUGGGCUGGAGGUCCCCGGGGGCUUCCUCCGGCCCAGACCAAAUGCAAACAACCGAACUGCAGCUUCUAUGGACACCCGGAGACCAACAACUUCUGCUCCUGCUGUUACAGGGAAGAACUGAGGAGGAGGGAGCGGGAACCCAGUGGGGAGCUGCUGGUGCACAGGUUCUGAGUGGGGGAACCUUGGAGGGCAAGGGGGCUAAACAAAGAGAGUUAAGCUCCACUAAUUGGCUCAUCAAGACCCAGCCCCCAUGCAAAUGGGGCAAAUGCAGUGUUGGUGGGAGCCUGGCUGGAAACUUUGAAGUGGGUGCUCGCUGGAGAGCAGCCAGGCUGGCAAGAGCAGGGCAGGGCCAGACGGUGCCUGGAGGGCUCCACUGGUCCUUUGCCAAUCUUGAUGGGACUGAGGAAGUAUGGGGUGGGGUGGGGAGAUGCUGAUUCUGUCUCAUAACUGCUUGGGUACACCCCAGGACCUAAGGGAAAGAGGGGAAGGUUUAGUGUGUGGGAGUGGGGAGGUGGGCAGAAGUGGGGGGGGGGAGCAGGCAAAGGAGGUUCUCAGUCAAUAAAAGAAAAAACAGACCAAAGUCCUUGUAGGUUGGAAAAAAGCACAUGACGGUGGAGUUGGGAGUGUGGAGGGAAACUGGGAAAUUAGAUAAAUUUGCUAUUGGUUUGAAUUAAGGUAGGAAUUAGGGUUGGAUAAAUUCUUCCUCCUGAAGGAUCUGGAAAGACUAGGCAGUAAUGUGUGCUCACAGGUGCUUAUUAGGAGGGGGUUAGUUGAAAUUGGUUUGUUGAGAUGGGAAAGGGAAGAACUUAAAAGGGGAAUCCUUUUCCUCUCGAGUUUUAUUUCCUUCUAAACAGUCUUGCUGAUCGCCCUCUAUCUUUUCCUCAUCCUUUUUGAGGGCUGAGCCUCAGCUAAGUUAAGAUUGUGAUUUUUUUUUUAAACGACUUUAAUUUUAUUUAAAUACAAAAAGUUCCCUCUGGGGAAGGGAGGAGUGACAAGAAGAGCAGCUGUGUGGGCUGAAUCUUCUCCAGGCAGCGGGUGCACAGGUGAUCCUUUUGUAACUACUUAGCAAUAACCACACAGCGAGGUUUGAGUGCACCCCGGGAAGGGUGGGAGCAGGACAGACCUCUGGCCGGACUGUUUUAAACAAAACCAAAAACCUAAAUAGAACACUACCAUCCUCUGCUGCUGCAUUUCUGUAGAAAGCAACUUAUUUUGACUUUUUUGUUUUUAAGGAAAAGAAAAAGACCCCAGUGAACAAAAACGUUUUAAAAAAGUGGUUGUUUUUGUUUUUGUUUUUUCCUAUUUAAGUGAUUCUUUCUCCUUCCUCUCUACUUUUGGAGAAUGAACUUAACAUCCCGGCUUCUUUUGUUAAGCCAUAGCUGACCUUAAUCUGUGGUUAGUUUAUUAAAAUAAUUAAAAAAAUACUUUGUAAGAAGACAUAUUUUUGAUAAUAGGAUUGAUGUUAAAACGCGGGGGUAGGGGUUAGGGGCAAUUUAUAAAAAAGGUAGUUAGAGAAAUAUAUUUUAGUGAACUGUAACCACAGAUCACAGAUUCCUCCCAAUGAGCUGAUAUGUUCUUUGGGUUUUCCCCCUUCCCCUGACUCAACCCUUUUCCCCAGGGGGUGGAGUGGGCCUAUGGACACAGAAGGGGAAGCCCCUUUGCGUUUUGCACAAAGCACAAAUCUGGCCAGCCUUCACUCUGGCCAGCACCAUUUCUAAGAGCUUUAAACUGGAGAACCUAUCCUGGGCCAAUUUUCCUUUUUCUUUCUUUUUUUUUUUUUUUCUGGGGGAAAAAAUCAACUAUGCAAUUGUAUACACUCCUGGGUGCAUACGAAGAAGGGGAAUAAGUGUACUUAAGUGUCCAGAGUGUUAAUUGGGGCUAUUUUUCUGUACGUGGAUUUCUCUUUUGAGAUAUGUACUCCUAACCCAUCUCAUGGACUGUAAUCCCCACAUUUGCUCUAAACCGGACGAGGGCUGGAUGUGUGUGUUGGAGACCUGUAAUUGCCAUAUGUUGCUUCUGCCCCAUCAGGAAAGUUGUCAUCCCACCAUACCCCUUGGUAACAAAGCCCAUCAAGACCAUCCUCUUCAUUGGAACUGCUCACAAUUUAGCAAGGUUACUCUCUCCUCAGCAAACUUGAAGGUCACUUAUUUUUUAAAUCUGAUGUCUGUUGAUUUAAUAAUUUCCUAUAGCUAUUAAUACUUAGGCUUUUAUUUGAAAAUAGGAUGGUUUUAAAGAAGCAAUGAGGUCAAAGGAGAUAGGUUCCAAAGGAGGGGAUGUAUAUAUUUCUGGGCAGGGCUGGGACUAGUAGGAGAUGAGCGCUUCCCUUGGGUACGAAAUGUAAGGGGUAUUGAAAAACUCAGUAAUUAAGACGAAUACUGUUUUAACACAGUGUUUCAAAAAUAAUGCAAAAAUAUCCAUAAUGAAUAAAAUACCAAAAUCUUGAAGACAGAAUCCAACGGGACUGAGAUUAGGUUGAGGGAAAUAAGCUGAAUUGAGCAGGUUGAAUCCUAUCUUUAAAAUUUUGAUACUUAGUGGAUUUGAUACUGUGGAUUUUUUACGUUGGUCUUGAUUUUCAAAAAAUACUGCACUAAGAUAGUAGGUUGGUUUAUUGAGUUUUGGGGCACCCUUUAAAUUCUGUGCCCAAAGUGAGUGCCUUGCUCACCUCACUCCGUCUCUGGGGUUAGAACAACACUGGUGAGACUACCACCUUGUGAAACACUGUCCCCUGAGGGCACCCGAACAACAGGUGGCUCCAGCUCACACCUUGCACACUCACCCUGCUUUCCCAUAGGUGCCGUCUACCGCAUAGGAUUCUGGCCUGGAUCAAUAAAAGUGGAAACAGACCAGGGGUUUUCCCAGAGAAUAAAACCAGGAAAGUUUUGAUUCUCCACUGGACUGCUGUGUUUGGGUUUGAUUUGUUAUUAGAUUCUAGUUAAUACGUUUGUUUUUAAAAACUGAGGACAAAUGAACAAAAACAGAAACUUUGUGUCAUGUUUGUUUUUGUUUUGAUUUAUAAACUAACCAAUCUCAAUUCCUUUUGGCCUCUUUUCAAAUAAAAACCGUGGAAAUUCUGGGGGUGGCCUAGGGGUGAGUAUGGUAAAACAGGGCUUUAUUUAGGCCCUAUGGCUUUUUAUUCAGAAAUAAAUUAUUUUUGUUUAAUUUGGGAAGGUAACUAUUUAUUGAGGCAUUAAAAAAAAUUCUCCAUUCUAAGGAUGAGGGACCCUGAGUCCAUGGAUGUUUUUCUAUAGGGAUGAGUAGACUGUUUUUGCUUUAUUCUUUGAGGGGGUUGUGUGGGAUGGAGGGUGAAGGAAUAAUGCCUGGGGAAUGAAAACAGACUCUGGUUGGUUUGUGGUAUUUUGGGAAGAUGAGGGGGUGGGGGAGAGGUAGGCCCAUGCAAUUACUGUGCUCAGGAGAAGGGAGGAGAGGGGUCUGUGAUGUUGGCCCAAAAUGAGCAAGAAUUCCUUGGUUAAGGAAGGGUACGUGGGUGAAGGGGGAGGCAGAUCCCGUAACCCUCGCUGAGGGAUGGUAUCUCUCAGGCUUAAAUAAGUGCACUUAGUUCCUUUAAUCCAGGGCACGGGGGGUGUCUACUGAGGUUUUUAUUGGAGAAGGGAAAUACUUAGGGUUAUUUUUCCCCUUUGAAGACAGCGCUACCCCUCCACCCUACGUUCUCCACCCCAGCCCUGAUGCAGCAAGUAUACUAUAGGAUAGGCCUCCAGAUUCCUACCUUAACCUGUGCUCAUUUUGUUGAGAGUUAAAAAAUUUAAUCAAAAGUUUUUCCCUCAUACAGGAUUCUAUCAACAAAAUAAAAACAUUAUAUAAAAACA